CUCUAUAUUGAUUUCCUCUGUCGUAAAUGAAGAAUUGAUCACUCUAGUGUUUAACGUCGAUAGCACGUGCUGAUAGAAAAGUAAAGAAAAGUAUACAUUAGAGUACUUGGGUGAUUAGUCUAAUAAUUUAUUAAUAUUAGUUUUAUGUUAUUAUCAUCGUAUAUGUUUAUUUUAUCAUAUUAAUUUAUCCAAAUAUAUCAGAUUGAAAUUUCUAACCUAUAUAUUGGAGAAAUUUAUAAUUUCUAUUUUGUAAGAGAUCUCAGACCACAAUUAAUAUAGUGAUUAUCAGUGUAUAUAAUUUAAAAAAAUAAUUAAAUCGUGAUUUAAAAGUAUAAUAUUGUUUAUAUCAACUUUAAUAAUGACAACUACGGAAUCUAAUCCUGGCUGGGCAGAUGCUCUCCAAAAAAUUUUAAAAACAAAUAAGCCGAAAAGAAAAAGGACAAUUGUGUUGUCUAAAGCUAAAAAGUAUAACGACAUAGUGAGAAAAAAAGACAGUUCAUCUUUAGAAACUGAUGCAGUUACAAAAGAGGAAGAAAAAUUAGAAACUAUCGAAGGUAAAGAGAACCUAUCGUUGACAAAAAGAAAACAAAAACAAAAGGAUAAUUUGGGAAUAAGAGUGAAACCAUCUAUUACUGAUAGAGAACAUGAGAAACUUCUACAAAAAAUUGCAACAAAAGGUGUAGUACAAUUAUUUAAUGCAGUAAGGCAACAACAAACACAGACAAAUCAGAAAUUAUUGAAUGCUGGACCUUUAGAAAGAAAACGUGAACAGGUAUUAAAAAAUAUUGACAAACGCGCAUUUUUGGAUGUACUUAUGGGAGAAUCAAAAAGUAUUCCUGUCGACAAGAGUAUCGAGUGCCAAGAAGAAGAAAAGAGAAAUAAUGAAGAAAAUAAAGAGGACAAAGUUUGGUCUGUCUUGCGAGAUGAUUUUGUUAUGGGAGCAAAGUUAAAAGAUUGGGAUAAAAAGCAACUAAAUGAUGAAGAUUCUUCAACCCCUGAAGAUAUAGAUAGUGAUGAAUAGAAAUAUAAAAAUAAUUUUAUAAAUUAUAUAAAAAUGUCUAAAAUAUUAUAAAUUUUUAGGAGACCAAAUGAUCAUAAAAUUAUAGAUCUCUUAUUAAAUUUUUUAUUUUAUUUAAUAACGCCUGUUCAAUAAUCCUUUGUAAACUACAUGCUAACAAUGAUAAUGUGUAUAGUAUAUAAUUUCUCUGUAUAAAUUAUAAUUAUAAUACACAUUUGACUUCA